CUGAUAUUAAUUAUAAUAUAAUAAUAUUACUAUAUUGCUUACGUAAUUUGUUGACUUGAAAUUCAAUCUAGAAACGUUUGUUAAUACUUCUCCAGUCUCAAACUCGCUUGUGCACAUUAUAAACAGCAGUAAUGGAAAUUGACUCUGGUGAUAAAUAUGCUUUCUCCAAAUUGUACAAAGAUCGAAAUUUUACCGACAAUUAUCGAAGUAAUGUUCUCAAUAAAGUGAUAGAAAUGGAAGAAUUUGCUUCAUUUUGUCUGCAUCAAAUAUUUCGCGAUGAAGCCUUUCGAGGCAAGAGAAUUCUUGACGUAGGAUGUGGCCCGACUGUUCACAGAAUGGCAGCACCGAGUAAAUAUUUCUCGGAAAUUGUUUUAUCUGAUUAUACGGAGCACAACCGUGAAGCUAUUCAAGAAUGGUUAAAAAACGAAACAUCGUCGAAAGAUUGGGAUACUUUGAUGCGAACGGAAGCAUUACUUGAAGGAUAUGGAAACGUCGAAGAAGGAAUAAACGAAAUUAAACUUCGAUUGCGACAAAAAAUAAAAGAAGUAAUUCCUUGCGAUAUCUUGCAGAAAGACAUCAUUUUCUCGGACGUGGGAAAGUUUGACGUGUUGUUUACCUCUUUGUGCUUAGAAGGGGCUUGCGCCACUUUAGAAGAUUAUAAAACCGCCGUUAAAAACUUCGGAAAUUAUAUUUUGCCGAAUGGAGGAUUUGUAAUGGUGUCCGUAUUGGAAUGUUCUUAUUAUUACUUAGGAAACAAUGAAAAACUUCCAUCUCUUUUUGUAACUCGAGAGUUUGUAAAUGAAACAUUAAAGGAAGCCGGAUUCGUUAAAAAACAUUGCUUUUUUAUGGAAAAUGAUCAACAACAUCCGGUUGCUAAAUUUAGCGGUUACUUAAUAUCAUCGGCUAUUAAAUCAGUUUAACAAAUUAUAUACGUUGUUUUACACUAAAUCGCUUUAUUAUAAUUACAGUUGAAUGCAACUUUGAACUGUAGGAUUAUAUGAAUGUACUGUACAGUACAUGCUUCGGUUUCGAUAUUAAUAACAUAUUGUAUUUGAUUCUACAUUAUGUCUAAAGAUAAAAACUUAAGAAGCAUAAAAUAAAAUAUUUGUGUUACGAGCGAUAUUAUUAUUAUAUCAUACAGUUUUGUAUAAUGUGCUUUACAAAUCAUGACAUAUAGAUAUAAGACAAGUAUAAAAUUAAUAAGUCUAUUCUGUUAAUAAUUUUAUUAUCUUUAAAGAAUGUUAGAUGGAUAUCUUAUAUAAUUGGAGAUUAAAAUAAAGAGUAAUUUAAAAAUUAGAAUUAAGUUACUAUUAUUCUAUUUAAGACCUAUUAUUUCUUUUUUGGUGAUUCUAGUUAUGUUUUUAGAAUAAUAUUUAGUAUUUUUUUCUAAGCACUUUUAACUCUCUCUUUAAACAUUAUUGACUAUAUGAAAAUUUAUUUUGCCAAAAAUUAAAUUUCGACAUUUGUCUUGACAUUUGUUGUUAUUAAAAUUCGGAUAUCGGUAAAAAAUAUUGCCAAAGUAUACAGUACAGUAGAACCUCGAAAACUCGGCUCUCGAUAACCCGGAACUCCGGAUAACUCGGCCAC